AUGUCCGGGGCUUCCCCUCUCUACUCGUCGUUCUCCGACACGGAUGUCUCCCCUGCCGAUGUCGUAUUCAUUGACAAUAUCCAGCUCUCCGCCAACAUAGGGCCUGACUGGUGGGGGCGUAUCCGCGAGCAGCCCGUGUCCCUCAGCGUGUACGUCCAUCUACGCCCGUCCUAUCUCGACCGUGCAGGCGCCUCGGACAAUGUUCGCGACUCAGUCCACUACGGGAAGCUUUGCAAGGCGCUCUCAGUACUUUCCAAACCAGCCAUGGGCCAGUAUUUCAGCGCGGAUGGCCACUGGUUCGGCGUGCACGGCCUUGCCCGCGCCGCGUCGAACGUCACUUUCCAGUUCGCGGGUGAUGCGGCGGAGCGCGUGCACAUCGUCAUAGUCUCCGCGAAACUCAUCCCCCUCACGGGCGAGUUCGUGUUCGAGAUGUCGUCCCCGCCCAGUGGCUCCUCGCUCGACAGCCGCGUCCGCGUGUCAUUGCGCGACCUCGUCCUCCCCGCGAUCAUUGGCGUCAACCCGCCUGAGCGAGAGGCGAAGCAACGCAUCGUGACCAGCAUCACCGUGCGCGAGAACCCUUUCCACCCUACUCCCGUCGACUAUCCCGCAAUUGUCUCGGCGGUCUCCAAGCACAUCGAGGCAUCGGCAUAUCAGACGCUCGAGAAGUUCGUGUUGGAUGUCGUCCGCCUCGUGUGCCUCUCGUCGGACGCCAUCGAGGGCGUCACUGUGCAGGCGAAGAAGCCCAGUGCGCUGUCGUUCGCGGACGCUGCGGGUGUGCAGAUCAGUCGCGAGAGGAGCGCGUUUGUUUGA